UGUGGGGCUAGUCGUUGACCAGGCUAUGAGUGAGUCUCAGAGGGAGAGCUGUUCGGUGCUGAGUUGAGUUGAGCACAACAGGAAAAUCCGUAAGAGGAGGAACCAUGGGGCUCGGACAGUCCAGCAAGGCUCCUGUCACUGAAGACACAGAUGAAGUUAAUUUUGACCAUUUCCAGAUCUUAAGGGCAAUAGGAAAAGGGAGCUUCGGAAAGGUCUGCAUUGUACAGAAGAAAGACACCAAGAAGAUGUACGCCAUGAAGUACAUGAACAAGCUAAAAUGUGUGGAGCGCAAUGAAGUGAGGAAUGUCCUGAAAGAGCUGCAGAUCAUGCAGAACCUUGAACAUCCCUUCUUGGUCAACUUUUGGUAUUCCUUCCAAGACGAGGAGGACAUGUUUAUGGUGGUGGAUCUGCUUCUGGGAGGAGACCUGCGCUACCAUCUCCAACAGAAUGUCCAUUUCUCAGAGAGCACCGUCAAACUCUACAUCUGUGAAUUGGCCCUGGCUCUGGGAUAUCUCCGCACCAAGCGCAUCAUACACAGAGACAUCAAACCUGACAACAUACUGCUGGAUGAACAUGGGCACGUCCAUCUAACAGACUUCAACAUCGCAGCCAUCGUAAAAGACGACCUCAAAGCAACAUCCAUUGCUGGAACCAAACCAUACAUGGCACCUGAGCUUUUUCAGUCCUUUGAGGGGUCCCACCCUGGCUACUCCUUCUCUGUUGACUGGUGGUCAUUGGGGAUUACGGCCUAUGAGCUACUAAGAGGACAGAGACCAUAUGUGAUGAAAUCCAGCACACCAGCCAAUGAGAUCCUUCAAACCUUUCACAAGAUCCACCCAAGUUACCCAACAGCCUGGUCUUUGGAGAUGAAGUCUCUUCUCAGAAAGUUGCUGUGCACAGAUGUCCAGAAGCGCAUUUCCUGUCUAGCAGAGCUACAGGAUCUGGACUACAUGUCAGACGUCAACUGGGAUGCUGUGCUCAGCAAGCAGGUCCCUCCAGGUUUUAUUCCAAAUAGGCGGAGACUAAACUGUGACCCCACAUUUGAGCUGGAGGAAAUGAUCCUGGAGUCCAAACCACUUCACAAGAAGAAGAAAAGGCUUGCUAGAAAGACCAAGGACCAUGGCUCAGAUGGAUCUCCACAGAAUGGGCAGCUGCAGCAGCGUUUGGAUAAUGUCCAGAGAGACUUCAUUGUCUUCAACAGAGAAAAGUCAAGAAAAGCAGUGGUGGACUCUGAGUCCUCUGAAUUGUCCACAAGCGAGAAAAACAAGGCGAUAGAAGAUGGCCAGAACAACAAUAUCGAGCCAGCUGCCUACUUAUCAGGAUAGAUCUCACGAGGCGAGAUCCCUGCUUACUCCCUCAUCACUUGCACCUGCCCACAGCUUAUAUCUAUCUGCAAUUUACACCCAGACACACAUUAUUCUAUCAGCACAGGCGCACAAAACUGGUUUUCAGUGUUCCUGCACCACUUUGUUAUCCACAAAAAAAAAACAAAAAAAAAACUGCAGCACAGUAUGCAUUUGUGCAUCACUGUUCACUCACAAAAACCCAAUAUUAUGAAGAACUCUAGAACUGCAAGAGUGAAACUGAGUCCUGGAGCAGCAGCCAUGCCACAGCCAGGCAUUUUUCCUGUCACCAAGAAGAAUGACUCUCAGCAGAGUGUCACUCAUGUAAUGUUCCCUUAUAUCCAUCUGGUGCUCUAAUGUCUGCUCAGCUACUGUGAGUUGUUGCUGAGGUGAAAGAGAAGUCACUUCCCUGCCAAACACAAGACAAUGCCACAUCUGCUCAGCUGGUCAGCCAUGGCCAACAGCUAUAUGUGCUGCUGCUGCUUUGGUGGGAGACUGAGUUUUACUCAGUGAUGGUGAUUUAAGUGUAACGUGAUUCACCAGUGCUACAUGAAAAAUGACUUACAGUAAGAGGAAUGGUUAUAAAGAGUUAGACUGACAGCAGACCAGUUGGGCGGCUGGUGUUGAAGAACACCCAGGAUGACAAUACUGUUCCAUGUGAUCUAUUUACAAUGGGAUAUGAGCAUGAAACUAGGAAUAUGAAACAUUAAAACUGGACAGCUUAGAAAUAUAAAAUAAGGUAUUUGAUUUAACGCAGCAACCACCCGUUCCUCUAAGAAAGGAUUUAUAUAGCUAAACUGUAGACUUGAGCAUGAAUGGCUCAUUUUAUCAGAGCAGCAGAUACAUGUUGGUAGUGGUCAUGAUGCGUAGCUUUGCCAGUUAACAAAGAUGGUAGGAUUUCAGCAUUCGGUUUAAAGUCCCAGUUCCAUGAGUAGCAAAUAUAAGCAAAACCACUCACAUGUUUUCUUGACUUGUUUAUGGUUUAUGUUGAAUAGUGACAUAUAUUUAAAAUGCAGCUACCAAACUGUAGCUUUAAAGUUAAGCUUUAAGGAUUAUUCUCAACCUUCGGACUAACCUUUGCUUCAGUCUGCAAACGACCAACUGGGUCUUCGAUGAAAACGUAGAAAAGCUAGAGGGUAGAUGUUAUAUGUUCUGCACUGAACCUUGCUUUGCACAUGCUUCUUCAUAAAUCGUAGCAUUUAUGCACAGAGAAACAAACAAACAAAAAAAUCUAAAGCUGUGAGUGAAUAUUUGUCUCUUUAGGGGUGGUUUUAUAGACAGUGAUUAAGCUGGCUCCUAGAUCGCAUUUUUCAGUUCGGUUAGCGUCUGCACUCAAGCCUGUUUUUGUAUUUUUUACUUGUGUUUUUCCUGUUUUAUGUAGGAUACAACCAAAUACAUAUGUGCCACCAGAUAAGUCUGCAAAUUUGAAAUAGCUGUAAAUUGCUCCCAUAACACAAGAAUCCAUUUGCAAUCUGUCUCUACAUCAACAUAGUUGAUAGCAGCUGGUACGACACUGAUAUGAAAUUUGGCAGCAGACAAGUGAAUACAAGGCGAAGAAAUGCCCUUCGUUAAGGUUUGCCAUAGACUUGGUCGAUAUUAUAUCCUAGAAACCACACCUGCCUCUGACGUUUGCAGGGGGUGCCUUAUACCACAGAUAUGGCACACAGCUGGUUCCCUUGGCUACAUGUGCAUGUUUUAAAAACCUGAGCUUUUUUCACAAUCCGUAAGUCAAUGUGAUUUAUACUAUAAUCCCACUGUGCCACUCUAUUGACCUUGAGCUUGUGUAGCUGCAGUAUCACUCAAUCCUUUCAAGUCUGUGAUCUCUUGUAAUUACAUUUAAAACAUUGUUUAAUCUCCAAUUGAAUUACUCUCGGCACUUUUCUACUGAAGACAGGUGCAGUGUUUUUCAACUUACCUUUGUGUUAUUGUUGUCAUGGAUGUGAUUUUAGAGAUUCAGAUUCCUGUAUAAGUUGUAAGAUAUAGUGGGAUAGUUAAAUGGAUAUCCAUCCAUCCAUCCAUCCAUCCAUCCAUCCAUCCAUCCAUCCAUCCAUCC